GGUUCUAAACCUUUCAGUAAGGUGGAGCAGUGCAGUCCUCUGCUGCCAGUCCCAGCUGGGGUGUAGCUGCCCCCUCUCUGACUCUGCUUUUGUUUUUGAGGAAGUUCUUAAUCUCUCUGUGACUCAGUGUUCUAAUCUCUAAAAUGGCUUAAUAAGACUUGUCACGCUUGCCUCCCAGGGACUUUAACAUCUAAUUGAUGCUCACGAAGCGCCUUGAUCUGGCAGAAAAGAGGGCAUCUUGCUUCCCUCAUUUCGCCACUUUAUUUUGGGUGCUAAUUACAUUACAUGGGUGGAAGACAGAUUGUCUGACAACCGAACUUCGCUUCAUGUCUCUCGUCAUUGACACAGGCACUCUGAGUGUAUGCCCACUUAUGCUUAGUUUGAGGUGUCCCGUGUUUCUCUAAAAACAGAUAAACAGGGGUUUAUCCUUUCCGGAGGAUGCGUCUGAGAAAUUGCACUGAAGCAGCGACAGACUUUUGCUCCUAACUCUAGAGAUUCUACACAGUUUUUUCUCUGUGUAUUAUGAGUCAGUAAAGGUUUUAAGAAUUAAAACUCUUGACUCAACUCUCAGCAUGUCCCUGAUAAUCUUACUCUGCCUGAAUCUUACCUUAGUCUCCGUUUUUGUCAUGUUUUACUUCUUUAGAAAUAGAGGAAACAUACAAAUUUACAGUCCUCUGCUUGAAAAUACAAGCUUUAGAGUAUAAAAUGUAUCUUUUUAGCCGUUUUACUUGCUGCUCAGAGGAGUAAUUAGCCACUUUAUUCCCGUGGCUUGAAUCCUGCCGCACCUCCUCCUUAUCGCUGCUGCCCCUCCUUACCGAGGGGGCUCGGGCCGAUAGCAGAGCCUGCAGUGGCAGUCGCGGGGUCUGGGAUCAUGGGGUCACCAUUCACACACACAGAAGACAUCAUCGUCAGUCAGCUGAUGUGAGUGGGCACCCUGCCUUACCAGCACCGGCGCCAUGGGCUUUUCCCCCCAAAGCCUGGGGCUGCAGAGUUCUCAGUCCUUUCCCUCCACCCGGGUUCCUCUGUGCGGCGGCUCUGUGCUGGGAGGCUGCUUCGUGGCACGGCUUUUGACUCCUGCCUUUGGUUCAGUUCUGCUUUCCACCACUGCAGCUGCGGUAUUGUCCUUCCCCGCGCUAAAUGCAGGACCUGCAGCGUUGAUACCUGACAAAUACACCUUUUAAAGCGCUGAUUGAUGUUUGUUAGUGCUGUUCUUCUCAUGGUGCUAGGAAAAAAUACUGCAGCUGCAUCUUAGAGUGUGUGGUGGAGAAAUGAAGUUCUGCAGGGAAACUGAAGCAUGCUUCAUUCCACUUCCUCUUGCCCUGUGGUCUGCCUCAAGUGAUGCGACUUUGCCUGCCCUGUCUGUAAAAUCAGGUGACUUUUGAACAAAUUAGUAAAGGAAAGCAUAUAAAAAUGGGAAGUCGUCUCUGUUUCACUCUGAAUUUCUUUUUUGUUUGUUUUUAGUUAGUUGCCUCAAUGUUGCUCUGAAGUUGUAUGGCAUUACCAGAUCCCUGACAUCAGGGUGGUGCUGUUUGUGGGGAGAUCAGAUUUCCUUCAGUUUCGCCUAGAAUCUAGACGGAUGAUCUGAAAAGGUUUUGUUUUUAUUAAGAUAUGCUGAAGCAGAGUUUUCUAGUCUCCUGUCGAUAUCCCAUUCCUUGUGGAGGUGAGAGAGCCUAUGUUUUGGCUGGAGAUGUUCUUUAAGUGUAAGAAACCAUAAAACAGGAGAGGUGAUUGCUCUCCAGUUUCUUCAUGAGUAUGCUUUCAGUCUUUCACCUCUUUUAGCACAUACCUUGUAUCUGCUCCAGCUGUCUGGCUGCUCGGGUAUUUUAUAACUAGUACCCUGAAAAGGGGAAAAAAAAAGGGAAAACUUUGAAAUGCUGUGUUUCCCAUCGGGACUCUUCCAUGUGGCUGUGACAUUUGUUGUGGAUGCUUGGUAACCUGUGUCUGUUUCUUUGCCUCGCUCUGAUUCCCCUGGUAUCAGCAGAAAAGCUCUCUUUUCCUAGUGGAAGAGGCUUUGCUUCUUAAGGGAAUGGUGUGUUUUGAUUCCCUGAAAAUGAAGACAAUUUCAGGUGUCUGAAACUGAGAUCUGCCUCCCUUCUGUUUUCUCAGCUUGCUCACGUGUUGGAUCCAGAGUCAAGGAGCUACAGGAAGGCUGAGGGCUUGCUUUCUGUGUCUGUGCUGGCAGCCUGGCUUGCAUGCAUCCCUAUAAUAGAUGUGUGCCUGUAUAACAGGAAUUCGGUGUGUGAGUUUUUAUGUGAGCAAACUCUUGGCUGCACCUUUCCCGUUCAAGGUCUUUCUGUGUGAGGAGCCCAUGAACUUGAAAAGCGCAGCCUCCUCUCUGUGUCUGGCAGCUCAGAUGUGCUGGGAGGGCACACUGCUUGUUUCUCAUCUCUGGGACCUGAUUUAGAGGUGUUUACACAGCACACUGACUCUUUCAGAAGUGGUAUUAGUCGUUCAGGGUACAUGAGACUGAUUCUGGAAAAUAUAGAUAUUCUAAAUUAAGGCUAUUAAGUGUCCACUGAUUCAGUGACUGUGCGGAUACGCAGUUAAUAUUGUAUUGUGACACAUUCUGAAAAUUGCUGUGUUUAUUUUUGACCUGGAGAAGAUGACUAACUCUUUCAUGUAUGCAUAGUUACAUUUACAAGCAAGUAAAAACCUCCCCAAAAUCAUCUUUAGACUCCUAGUUCCAUGAAAGGAAAAAAAUUCAGACUUGUCCCUAAAUCUGAGCUGUGUGUGCUAUCAAGCCUUCCUCUGCUCUGGGUUGAUAACCCUGUGUUCAGUGGGGGUUAUGUUUUCAGAGGUUUUAUUUAUCUCCUCCAAAUUUUUGUGGGCAAUUUACCGUGUGAGGAGAGGAACAAGAGCAACACCACUCUGUGUUAGGAAAGGUAGGUGGUACCACAACACAAAUUAGAAAGACACUACUGUGGUAGCUAAUAUUUAGUUAAAUUCUGAUUGUUCUCAUUUCAAUGUCCCGGUAACACUGAUGUAAUUAGGAGAAAACUUGGGUUUGUUUUUUCUUGCUUUUGGCCCCCUAGAGUUGUGAUGGCAAAACCUGGUGAGGCAGGUGGUUUAUGGAAUUGUGUGGACUAGAUUUAAACUUUUGUUCUUGGCCCUGGCAUCUCCUCUGCUGUGCUCUGGAGAAAUAAUGGCAGCAGUUUCUCCAAUUGCUGCAUUCAGCCAAGGGGACAUUACCAAUUCAGCUUUUAAAAUGACUGGGCCUGGCAUUGUGUGUUGUGGAGUUUUAGCUUCCUCAAAAGCAGUUUCUUUGGAUGUGUUAGUCCACCAUAAAUCCUUCUCAGACCUUUUAAGCUCGCAGCUUAUUGCCUGUUUAGACUUCAGUAAUGCCCAAAGGGGUGCUGCAGUUCAUCGUUCCCUAUUGCUGCCCUCGCCAAGCAUCAAAAUAGAGUUUCGAAGCCAUGCGAAAUUUUUGUUGGGAAUAAGCAGGGAUGCUUUGUAAUCAGCUUUAAAUAGUCCUGUGGUAAUUCAACAGACCUUAGACCACCCUUCCAGUACCAAAAGGGGCUACAAGAGAGCUGGAGAGGGACCUUUUACAGGGGCAAGUAGUGAUAGGACGAGGGGUAAUGGCUUUAAACUGAAAGAGGGCAGGAUUAGAUUAGCUAUCAGGGAGAAAUUCUUUGCUGUGGGAGUGGUGAGACACUGCAAUCAUGAUAUUUUUAUUAUAUAGUGCUACCUUUAGAAGACUGAGGACGUUAAAAUGCCUAAUUCUGUUAACAUACUUUGUCAUUGUCGUACUUGAGUAGGUGACUCCCAUAGCUAACUGGAAGGUUUUAAAUCUUCUAAGAUUUUUUUCCUAGCCUAUGAUGUGCAAAUCAUGUACGAUGGAGUCCAGAAAAAAAAAACAAAACAACAAUUUUGUAAAUAGCAAAGCAGAAGGUGGAGCAGGAGACAAAUUUCCCCCUCUGUUUGAGAAGACUCGUGUUUGGCAGAUAGUGGAAUUCUUUUUUGUGUGUAAUCAGAUAAGAGUGUAUUGCAAAGACCAUAAUCUGUGUUAUUGGCUGAGGUGAGCCCCAUCUGUUAGUGGUGUCAGGGAUGUGCAAUACCCUUGCCCUCUAAACUCAUGCACGCAGGGAGCAGCACAGAAGGAUUUACAGAAACAAAUGCAGGCUCUGAAGGCAGUUGCUAAAAGCAAAGGGAGGAAUUCAGAACGGAAUGCAGUGUUCUCUGCUGACACCUUUUCUAGCUGAGGAAACCAUCUGGUUAAAGAACUUUACAAGAUACUGGGUACUUUUUGGUUUCUGCUCAUUCAUAGUCUGACCUCCUUUCAUACAGGUUCACCUGUUGUACGUGCUUGUUAUCAGGCUGGUUUUUACUGAUUGUCUUUAUGGCGCCUUGUGCUGAUCUGGGGAAUAAUUUAAAAUAGCAAACUGAGCUGAUUAGAAGAAAAAAUGGGCUUGUGUUGGGCUGGACUUCGUGGUGGUAAAUAAGCAGUCAGUGCUAAUCACCCCCAUGUCGUCGUUCACCCCAGCUGUGGGUCAGACACAGGAUCUGCUUGUGCACUUGAAUUGCCAUUGCUUUUCCCCUUUCAGAGGCAGUAAAGGAGUGAGCAUGCUGACACAAGAGCUUACUUCUCCAGGUCUCAUUUCCAUCCUAGGUGAACUCAAAGAACUUCUGAUGGAAUGUGAUAUCUGGGCUUGGAUAAUUUAUGUGAACGAGUUCUCAUUCAGAUCUGAUCUCCUGGCCUUCUGCUUGGUAUUUGAUUUUCCCCUUUCACUGAGUGCUACAAAUUCCUAUGGUUGCCACCUAUGCAGCCAACUGUUUCUGUCAGUUCAGAAAAUUGUUUCAUGGCUGUAGGGACAGAAGAAUAUUGGAAGUUUGGAGCCAUUUUUAAGAUUUCAGAGUGUGAAUGUGGAGUGUAGGUUCCUACCAUUUCUAUCUAUGGAUUUUUGAAAGUAACACUGACACCCCUGUGGAUGAUAUUUGUGUUCAGAACAUUAAUGGGGUUGACUGAAUGUCAGAAACAGGCACAUGGUUAAGGCUUGGACACAAGCUCCAUAAAUGUGAACUAUCGGUGCAUUCAAAAACGGAGUUUGUGGGUGUAAUCAAAUACCUCUUGCUGUACUUACUCUCGGAAACUCUGCCUUGGCACCAAGUCAACAUUAGGUGUACCAAAAAUGCAUUAGGGAGAGCAAAGCUUGUGUGAAGAGCUAAAUGCAUCACAGUGAACCUGUUCAGACAAAAGAAACCAUCUUUCUGUUGAGGGGCUGUGUAUGAGAGGGAAGAAGGGUUAGGGUGGUUAACUUUAUUUUCUGGAAGUGAGUAGCACACGUUUUUCAGUGCACACAGCAGUUAUUACUCUGUUUGUGACCUGCUUCCUCGUGAAAGUGUCGAGGAGCAGGGAUUGGUUUGAAUCUGUUGCCUGCAUGCUGGCACACGGCACUGUGUGAUGCUGCCCUGUCGCAGAGGCACGCCGCGUGCCACGGUGUAUAAAUAACCCUGUGUGCCAGAGGGAUUGGAGACAACGUGCAGAUAUUCACUGGAGUGCUGCUGGGCCUUGUCCUGGCUACCUGGGGUACACCUGGCAGUAGGUAUCUGAGCACAGGGGUGAUGGGUAGUGCAGCACUCCCCAGCACCUACUGCAGAGCUGCUCUGCCCGCUGCAGGGAGGCACAACCACAGAGUGCCACAGCUCAGCCACAUCUUAUUUGCGGCUGGGAUGCUUAGAUAAGCAGACAGGAAAAUAGGUUAAUGUGCACCAGGCCAGCUUUGAGCACAUGGUGGGGAAAAGACCGCCUUUAGUAUCCCCUGUGGAGUAAUUCUGACGACUCCUUCACAUAUCAAUUUCAGGUUAAAGAUAGAACAGAACAGAGGGGAACAGCGUUACUCCUCCCGGAGCAUUGGUUCUCCCCUGGAAGGGGGCUCAGCGGGAUGCUGACCUCGGGCAGGGCAGGUUUGUGCUUCAGGGCAGAGUUAGGGUGUCCUGGACCUGGCAGGAAGAUGUGGCUUUGGGAGGUGUGGUGCAGCAGGCGCUGGCACGGGCACCAGGAGCAGUGUCAGGUGCCGGGAGCUUGGCAGAGCUGGGUGCUGGACCCUCACUCUGAUAGAAGGGUUUCUCUCUGGGUUUCCUUCCCACCUGGGAAUGAAAAGUCACAGUGGAGCCUUCACCUCUGUGUAUUUAUGUGGGAAAGGAGGGCCACGAGGUUUUUAUCUCACACUUACCUAUGCAAAAAUGCAGAGGGCAGUGUUAUUUUCUCUCCCUCUGUUUUCUUUUUGACGGAGGAAGGAGUUGCGAUUGUUUGCUGAAUACAUUCGCACAGAGGGCUCCAGGAUUGCUGAGUGCAUGCACUUAGAGGGUUCCAGCAGAAUUUCUGAUGCUAUUUCAUGACAGCUGCAGAAGCAUGGCAUCCUAAGGCCCUACUUAUGCAUUUAGAUGUAGACCACCACACCUGUCUAUAGCUACUUGUUGAGCUACUACCUGACUUAAUGAUCGAUGGUAUUAGUAACUUGUGUGUAGAAGCAUCUUGAAACUCAGUUAUGGAAUCAAAGCAUGUCUCCCAAUUAUUUUGUUUACCAGCCAUUAAUAGAGACCAAAAAGAAUUAUGUGGCUGUUUCAGAGCAAGGUGAGAUAUUUUUGUGUGUUGUUCACAAUGCUCUUUUCUUACAGAGGUUAGUCCAAGGUUCUGCGUGACUCUCAGUAAAACACAUGGGUAACUUUGUGCUGUGUUUGGCAGAGUUUCUUGGCUCAGCUUUUCCUGAGGCAGCACCUGUAUGCAUCCUUCAGGAUGGUCAGGUGGUUCUGCAAAGCAGUGUCAAUACGAAACUCCUGCCUUUUGUCGUAAAGUUUUGUGGAUUCUUACCCAGAACUUGAUAGGAUACAUGUUUGUGAUGCACUUUGGCUCAUUUGAAAUCUCAAGCCAAUAGAACUACAACCACCAGCUUCUGAAAACCAGCUGUGUGAUUAUCUGAGUGUCUCUCUUAGUUCAUUAAUUUCCAAGAUAAAUCUAGGAAUGACAUACAUAGUAUAGCAGAUUUACAUUUGCACUCAAGAUUUAAUUUACAUUAACUAUUAAUGCAGAUAUAUCAGAGGUUUUUUUGCUCUCAUAGUUCUAGUGAACAAAGAAUGUGAACCACUAGUUUUCUGUUUUAUUUGCCCUACUGAAGUAGCGAAGGAUGGCAGAGUUUUCCCUGCCUCUCUUCCUAAUCAGUUGUUACCCAGCUAGUAGGCUAACCCACAUGCAAAAUUUAUUGCAGGUGUGUGCAAGAGAGAGUUACUGGGACUUGUACAAAGCCAACUUCGUUCAUGACUUUGCCCAACUUCCCUGCCAGGUUUCGUGAGGCAUUGUAAGGUUGUGAUCAGAGCCUCUGGAAUAACAUGUGUGGAAGUACUUGCUGUUGUUGAUCCCUGUACUCCAGCACAAGAGCUCCAGCUUAAUCAUUCUCUGCUCUCAGAACAUGGGGGAAAAUGAUGAUGAAAAAUACAAUCAAGCUGGCCAGAUAUUUGAAAACUUUGUACAAGCAUCAACAUGCAAAGGCACCAUUCAGGCCUUCAAUAUUCUCACUCGCCAACUUGAAUUAGAUCCUUUGGACAAUAGAAACUUUUACACCAAACUGAAAUCGAGAGUGACCACAUGGAAGGCCAAAGCUUUGUGGAACAAGCUUGAUAAGAGAGCAAGUCACAAAGAGUAUAAACGUGGAAAGUCUUGUAUGAACACUAAGUGUUUAAUUAUUGGAGGUGGCCCCUGUGGCCUGCGGACUGCCAUAGAACUUGCCUUCCUGGGAGCCAAGGUCGUCGUCGUGGAGAAGCGGGACACGUUCUCUAGGAACAAUGUGCUGCAUCUCUGGCCCUUUACCAUCCACGACCUUCGGGGACUGGGAGCAAAGAAAUUUUAUGGAAAGUUCUGUGCAGGAUCUAUUGAUCACAUCAGUAUUCGACAGCUUCAACUCAUCCUCUUCAAAGUUGCACUUAUCCUUGGAGUGGAAAUUCACGUGAACCUGGAAUUUGUGAAAGUCCUGGAGCCUCCUGAAGAUCAAGAAAACCAAAAGAUGGGUUGGAGAGCUGAAUUUCUCCCCAUGGAUCACCCUUUGUCAGAGUAUGAAUUCGAUGUUAUCAUUGGUGCAGAUGGCCGCAGGAACACGUUAGAAGGCUUCAGGAGGAAGGAAUUUCGUGGAAAGCUGGCCAUAGCGAUCACUGCCAAUUUUAUAAACAGAAAUACAACUGCGGAAGCCAAGGUAGAAGAAAUUAGUGGGGUUGCUUUCAUCUUCAACCAGAAGUUCUUCCAGGACCUGAAGGAGGAAACGGGGAUUGACCUGGAGAAUAUUGUUUACUAUAAAGACAGCACGCAUUAUUUUGUGAUGACAGCAAAAAAGCAGAGUCUUCUGGACAAAGGAGUGAUUAUUAACGACUCCAUUGAUACUGAGCUGCUGCUCUGUGGGGAAAAUGUGAACCAGAGCAAUUUGCUGUCCUACGCCAGAGAAGCUGCUGACUUUGCAACCAACUACCAGCUGCCUUCCUUGGACUUUGCAAUUAAUCAUUAUGGCCAACCAGAUGUAGCAAUGUUUGAUUUUACCUCCAUGUAUGCAUCUGAAAACGCUGCGCUGGUGAGAGAGAGGCACAGACAUCAGCUCCUGGUGGCUCUUGUUGGAGAUAGUUUGCUUGAGCCGUUCUGGCCCAUGGGUACUGGCUGUGCCAGAGGCUUCUUGGCUGCCUUUGACACGGCGUGGAUGGUGCGGGGCUGGGCGCAGGGGAAGCCCCCGCUGGAGAUCCUGGCUGAACGAGAGAGCAUUUAUCGACUCUUGCCUCAGACGACCCCUGAAAAUAUUAAUAAGAACUUUGACCAGUACACCAUUGACCCUGGAACAAGAUACCCGAACUUGAACUCGAGCUGUGUUCGGCCUCACCAGGUGAGACAAUUAUAUGUUACCAAUGAGCUGCAGCAGUGUCCUCUGGAAAGAGUGAGCUCCAUUAGAAGAUCAGUGAACCUCACAAGACAGGAGUCAGAUAUUCGGCCUAACAAGCUUCUGACGUGGUGCCAGAAGCAGACGGAGGGAUACCGCAACGUUGAUGUCACUGACCUGAGCACCUCCUGGAAAAGUGGCCUAGCUCUGUGUGCCAUCAUCCAUCGCUUCAGGCCUGACCUCAUCGACUUCGAGGCGCUGAACGAAGAGGACGCGGUGAGGAACAACCAGCUGGCCUUCGACGUGGCCGAGCGCGAGUUCGGCAUCCCGCCGGUGACCACGGGCGAGGAGCUGGGCUCGGCCGGGGCGCCCGACAAGCUCAGCAUGGUGCUCUACCUGUCCAAGUUCUACGAGCUGUUCCGCGGCACCCCUCUGCGCGCAGUCGAUGCUGCUGAGAAGCAAAAUGGAGAAAAUAAUGAUCUUGGUUCACCAAAAUCAUCGAAUUUCAUCUUUAAUAAUUAUAUCAAUCUAACUUUACCAAGAAAACGAGUACCAAAGGCUGAAGGGAAAACAGAAGAAAAUGAGACUAACAAAAGGCGUCGGAAAGGACUCUUUGGUGUCUUUGAGCAGACUUCAGGCUUUCCAAGCCAGGGGACAAACAACGGGAAAGAACAGAGUGAUGGCAGAGAAGGAAUGAACCAGAACAAAGUCAAAUCAAUGGCAACUCAGCUGCUGGCAAAGUUUGAAGAGAAUGCUUCAAAUACAACUCUGCGGAGACAGGGAUCUCUGAGGAAAGAAUUCCCCAAGUCCAUCGGGGGGAGCGACAUCUGUUAUUUCUGCAAGAAACGGGUCUAUGUCAUGGAGCGGCUGAGUGCAGAGGGCCACUUCUUUCACAGGGAGUGCUUCAAGUGUGAAAUAUGUUCUACAACACUCCGCUUAGGAAUUUAUGCCUUUGAUGUUGAAGAAGGUAAAUUUUACUGUAAACCUCAUUUUACGCACUGCAAAAUCAGUACGAAGCACAGAAAGAGAAGGGCAACAAUACAGAUCCAUGGAAAGGAGGCGAUAGACGCAUGGAAGAAAGUGGAAGCCAAGCACACAGAGGUCACCACAGAAAGCAGUUUGUCCACUGCUAGCAGUCCAGAGGACAGGUCCCCAGGUAUCCUGACUUCCUUCUUACGGGGCACGCUAAGCUGGCCCCUGCGGGUGACCAGGGAUCUGCUUGACAUUCCCAGCCGCCUGUCUAACUGGAUGCAUGGUUUCCUGCACGCUACCCACCUCCAUUUCAGGGACAAUGCAUAUAACUAUACCUACCUGUACGAACUCCUGAGCCUUGGGGUGCCACUCCUCUGUGCUCUCCUAGAGGUACUCACUCACAUGUACCGGGAAGCAGAGCUAUCACUUGAAAACGUGCUUGAAUGGGUGAAAAGAUUCUGUAGGGUUUGAAUCCUCCUGUGUGUCUUGCUCAGUUGUGCCUUUCAAAUUUUCAAAAUUAACAGCCUGGCUAUUUUCUCAAGGGGAAUUUCUGGUUUGGAGGGCUUUGUUUUUGCUCUUCGUGCAAUGUGACUCAUGACUUCAUUGAAUGGUGGAUUCCUUCUGAUAGAAGCGAGGUACAAAUGAAAUUUUCAACACAAAAUGUACUGUAUGUUAGAGCAUGAAGGACAGUGUCCAAACACAUUUCCAGAACAUGGAGUCAGAUGAAGGAUAUUUUCUAGAUUAUUUCCCCCCCUGUUAUGUUCUGUGAUCAGACCAUUGGAGAAGAUGGUACAUUUUGAAACCAUUUUCUUCCUCUUCUCCCCAGCUUAUUUUUUUUCUUUUUUCAGUUAGACCAUGAAAGAAUGUGUGUUCUUUCAGGAAUAUUUCUGACAAAUGACUGGGAUUUGAAACCUGAGUAUGGCAUGUAGCUUUUUUUUUUUUUUUUCUUGCUUUCAUCUUUGCUCUAGGUUAUGAGAUUUUUACUUGCAUGAAUAUGUUUCAAAAAAAUUGUGUACGUAAUUCACAUUGCUCCUAGUCCUGCCUUUUAUUUUGCUUUACAUAUGAUGGAUACCUUUUGUUGAUAGUGGGUAUUAUCUGUUCUACUAAUUUAUUUGAAGUUUUUCAAUAAAUUUGAAGAGCAAAUGAUAGUUGAGUGAAGGCUUGAUUGAAAUUUUAAGUCAAAGAAACUGGUAGAAAGAAGUAGACCGAACAUUUCUCAAGUCAAGGCUUCCUCAUUUGAUGGCUGAUAUGAGGCAUAUCAAUUUAUGGAGCACUUCUCUGUAAGUGAAGUCACUCCUGUUGUGCCUCUGGGCAGGCACUGCUCCCAGCCUCUUUUGGAAUUUUUUAAAAAUGCAGGUUUAGAACAAACAUCAAAAGCCUAAAAAUGUAUUCUUAGGCGAUAACUUCUUACUUGGGUAAUUCAUUUCAACGUGUGCAGCUGGUGGCAGAAAGGUGAAAUUCUAUUAUCUGGAGCUGCAGAUGAGUAAAUUUCUUUCAGAUGUCCCUCAACCUUAAUCAGAAGGUCUCCCUUAAUCUGUUAAACAGCAAGGACACAGUGACAUCCCAAAGCUCAUUACUUUCAGCCUAGUUAGCCAGCGAGGUAAGCAUGCUCCCUGCCUUUCAAGUACUUAUUUAUAUUCAGAAGUUUACCAGGAAAUAGGUAAAUCCAAUAUGUGUAGCCUAAAGUGAAAAGCAUCUGUAGCAUUUAUUUGUAGCCAGAAGAAUGUGGCACAAACAAUAGGAAAUACUGUUGCAUUCAGUUAGUACCAAAGUUGAGGAUCACCUGCCAGGGGUCUCAAGUGACUCUGCUGCGUGUGGGCUGGCAGGUCUUGGGGUUUGUUGUUUUGUUUUGAUUUGAUUUGAUUUACUGUAAUGUGGGAAAAGAUUAUUUGAAUUGUUUUGCCUCUUAGGUAUGAAAAGGAAAUGUGUCUGCUGUUUAAAAUAAAUGACAAACUGGAUCUUUCUUCUAGAUAGUUUGACUUUCUUUAAACUAUGAGGAUGAGCUUUUCACAUUUUAGAGUGGUUAUGUAUUUUGGGGGGAAAAUUGUUAUUUUUAUGCACAGAACUUGAAAAAGUGCUUGAAGAAAAUUGUUAGAUAUAAGGUAGCAUUCCUUUGACAAAAAUUGCCUUUAAUGCUCAAACAUGUAUUCAGCCAAACUUUGCUACGACAUUGAGUGGACACAGCAAUAAUUACAGUUACAUGGUGGCAGUCUGUAUAUGUGUAAUGUGUCUGUACCUUUCUUACAGCAUUUAGAAAACCUGACUUGGAAAUACUGUACUAUUUUUAUUAUUUUCUAAUGAUAGCAACUGUUUCACCCUAAAAAGGAGGCAGUCUGCAGUGUGGUUACUCCUGCACACAGCAAACUGCUGGGCAGUCCAGUUUCCAAAUUUGGGCUGCCAUCAAUUUUGGUUUCAGUUUGUCAGUAGGAGAGUCUUUAGGAACACUUCUUCCUAAAGUUUUCUCCUGCUGUUUACUACGGCAGAGAGAGCAUAAUGCUAAAUGUAGAGAAAAUGGUGAUGUAGUAAGAAAUCUCUGGCCAAUGAACUUAAACCAAAUAAAUCUUACCAGUAGAAGAUUUUUUUAAAAAUUAAAAUAUAGUAUUGGUUUUAUAUAGAUUUGUAUAGUGGGGCAUAAAUCCCUACAUGUCCACAAAAGAAUUCAGGCACUUGAGUAAUGAAAAUGUUUUCCUGAGGAAUCUUAAUUGCCAUGCAUAUUCCACUGGGAUUUUGCAGGUGAUUCUGUUGGGAGGGUUAUUGUGUUGAUAUCACUCCAAUUGGUUGAUUUUUUGACUUCUUCAUCUUACUGUUCUGCUAGUAAUACUCAUACCUGCUUGUCCUCAUUGAUAAUUGAAUGAAAAAAGGCAGUUCCAUUUUGGCCAGUUAUUCUUUGUACCGAUGUAAUCUUCCUGAUGCUUUCUUACAUAACCAAGUGAAGUUCUGUGUUUUCUUCCCUGCUGUCUUCUCUGCCAAUCUCCCUCAUUGCUUUUAGUCCAAUUCAACAUUCCGGUGCUGCACCCGCUCACUGGCUGAAGCCUUUCUGCUCUCAGGUGAUUUUUUUUUCCAGUUCCAAAAUUACAUGACUAACCCUGUUGUUUGAAAGCAUUUCAUUGUGUGUUUUGGAUUUUUUUUUAACUGUUGGAGCAAUCUAUGUGUCUGGUAUAUUAAUGGAGCUUUGGCAUGAUUAUUUAACCUGUUGCUGAGUUCACAGUUCUAGAACAAGUAAUGUUUUUCUCUCUGUGUCUGUGCAUGUGCGCUUCCCUGUGCCUUUAAGGUAAGUUAGGCAGGUAAAGGGUUUCUUGAAAGAACUUGUUAAAGCCUUAUUUCUUUCAAAGAACUGAAGGAAAGAUCUAAAAUGAGGUCAGGGUGUGAUUGCCCAGCUGAUUCUCCAGGUUAGCAUGAGUGCCUCUCUGCAUGGAGCUCACAUACCCAAAGCGCAAGCAGUGUCUGAGCACUUCCCUGCCUUCCUGCUGGGAAAGUUGGGUAUGAAAGAUUCUGUAGGCAAAGUAGCCAAAACUAUGCAAGCUCUAGACUUCCACCCCAAGUGACAUCGUAGGCAGGCCUAAAAGUGCAUGUGGUUCUCUGGCUGAGCUAUCAACAUGCCAGAGUGCUUUGGCUUGGGUGGUUUUAUUACCUGGGCCUUGCUUGGCUCUCUGAGUCUCUUGCUGCACGAGACAUUGCCACCCCUGUCCGUGACCAACUCCCACCAUUAUUUUGUAUGUAUUUUUUACAUAAGGUCCAGUUUGUAUGAUCACUAGGUGACAGUCUAGAAGGGGAAAUGAAUCCCAGCAAGAACCCAGGGCUCAGGCUGACCAGCUGAGGGUCUGGCUGAUGUGGUCACAACCCAGCUGUCCCCGCCCAGGACCCCUCUCAAAGGAAAGGGCCUUUGGGAACUGAUCUUAGGAGCAGUUUUAGGAGGGGCCAAACAUCCUCUGCCAUCUGCUCCAUUUCACACUCCUCAGCCAGGAAUGUGGAAGGCAGCAGGGCCAGAGCCCUUAUCUUGCUGGUCUGUACGUUUGCACGACUCAGCCACUUGUAUUUAUUUGAGUGGGUAUCCUAAACUGACUUGAUGGCUCUGAAAGUCCCCAUGCUGUGCCCACACAGAAGCUCUCUGUGUUUCAAACGUCAUUUCCUGCACAAAUGGCUGGGAUGUGACUCCCAGUGUAUUUCAGGGCUGCAGUGUGUUGUUAAAAAGCUCUGCAUGCUUUAAUGUGAAGGUCAUGACAUAAAGGUCUGCCAUUUCAAACCACUUCCUAUUGCUGUGUUUUUUACUCUCUGUUGCAGAGUCUUCCUUGCUCUUCCUGCCCAGUGAGGAUUCUGUCCUUCUCCUCCUAAAUCUUCUGUCUUCAUUUUACUUUAUAAUCUUAACUGAAUAUUUUUAUUGAAUAGUUUUUAACUCUGUAUUUAAAUUUUCACAUGGAAAUUCUGUAUUUUGCACAUGGUGAAAAUUGUUUUAGCUUUAUUUAUGGUAUCUGCUGUAAACAAAAAUAAAUGUAGUUCUUUAUAAGUC